AUGGCUGCCCCUCGCUCUACUUCUCUGCGUGCUCUGCGCCAGAUCUCCAACCAGCACUCCGUUGCCCCCAUCGCCCGUCGUGGUCUUCACAUCACCGGCGUCAAGUCUGCUCAACCCGCCGGCUCUGCUGAUAAGGCUUCUCUUUACGCUGCUCGUACCCUCCCAGACCUGAAGGCUGAGUGCCAAAAACGCUCUCUCCGUGCUGCUGGCAGCAAGUCCGAGCUCAUCGAACGCCUCGCCAAUCACGAUGUCCUCCAGUCCCGUGCAUUCAGCAUUGCCAUGCGCAGAAUCAACAGCAGCGCUUUCUCCGACUCUUCCUCCCGCCAAUUCAACACUUCCCGUUCCUCAAAGGCCAACGGAGACAACUCCACUGUCGAUCUGGUCUACAUGCCUUCCAUGGCCGAUCUUGAAGCCGCCCCCCUCCAAUUCUCUUCACCCCGUGUUCCGGUCCUUCCCGACCUAUCCUCCCACCAAGCUUCCCACUCCACUUCCGCCCCACCCAUGAAGCCCCAGAUCUACACUGUCGCCGGUGCCGGCGCUGACGUCGCUGCCAGCGCUAUGAGCGAGGUCGUCGAUAACCACGCUGUGGAUCUGGAUCCCUUCUCAUUUACCGAGGCUGUUGGCCGCUCAAGGACCGGCGAGAUGCUUCAGCGCCAGGCUAAUGGUUCCGGCGUUGGUCAGACUGGUAUUGCUAAGGAGUUGUGGGCUGGAUUUUUGGAUGAUGUCCUUGGUCCCAAACAGUCUUCUGUGCGGAACUAA